UUUGUAUAACGAAACGUAAUUUAACCUAAAAUUUUGUAAAUGAAUUCAGGGUCAAUUGUAAUUUCUAAUAUUUUGUCUAAAUAUUAACAUACGAUUGUCUCUAGAGCGUUUGUAUCCGGCAAGAGAAUUCUUACGUGUAGUGACUCAACAGUUUCCGUCGUGUACAAGCACCAGAAUGUUUUACAGACAUAUUUUAAGAACUUUCACCAAUCCACGAAUACGAUCCCUAAAUAACGGGUUUAGGAAUAAAUAUAGUAAUUUUGGCAGUCCUGCAUCGCUCUCCACAUCUAUAAAGGCGUUAAAGGAUGAAAAGGUGAAAGUGACAUUCGUGCUCCAUGACGGCAAGCGGCUGCAAGCCGAGGCGAACGUCGGAGACUCCUUGCUGGACGUCAUAGUCAACAACGACCUAAACAUUGAGGGUUACGGCGCCUGUGAAGGGACACUCACAUGCUCCACGUGUCACGUUAUACUCAAGCAGGAGGACUACGACAGGUUACCAGAAGAAGCUUGCGAUGAGGAGCGUGACAUGCUCGACUUGGCGUACGGCCUCACGGACACCUCGCGGCUCGGCUGCCAAAUCAUCAUGACUAAGGAACUCGACGGGCUGGAGGUGAAAGUGCCAGAAACCAUCAAUGACGCGCGCAGCUGAUGCGGCAGGUUUAUAUUUAAUACGAAAAACAGGGCAAAGAGAAAUAAACAGCAAAUAUUUACCAUAACCUUUUUACCUAUUUUACCCAAAUUCCUAUUUACGAAAAAUUUUGUUCGAAUUAUUGACCGUGUGGUCGGUUCUUAUGUCCGAUUGUCGUAUGAAAUAAUUAUAACCUUAGGAUUUAGACGGCCAGUCGGCCGACUAACCGGCCAUCCGAGCGCCGAUUACCUAGUCGGCUAAUCGGCUAGUCGGCCAAAUCAAUAGUCGGUACUAAACUAGUACCUGUAGGGGAAGGCGGGGUAAGACGGGGUGGCGGGCAUGAAGGCGCAAGCGAUUUAAAUCACGAAGGAAUUAACAAACCAAGUGCAAGUUACCACUUGACGUCGCGCUGCUAUGUUGUCCAUUAGUCUGCGAAGUGCAUAAACAAUUAUAACACACGGAUUAUUUUUGGGAAAUAACAGUUUAUGCAAAUAUCUAGAUAUAUUUCUUAUUUAUUUUAUAUUUCUUCAUACAGUUUAGAGCGUUUACGUUUACUUAAGUAAUAACAUUUCAGACAAGACUUAAAGUUAUCCACACGUGACAAUACUUUCGCUAACAGAUAAUAUUUUUUUCAUGGAGCAUCUUUUUUUGAUAUAUGUAUAUGUGAAAAGCUUAUGGUAAAUAUUUGUUGUUGGGCAAAAAGCCCUGUUUUUCUCUCACUUAUCUUUAUGACGACUAAUCGGCCAUUGUUGCCGACUUGUCGCUGACUAAUCGGCCAUACAUAUUUGGCGACUCGUCGCCGACUAAUCGGCCAUUUUUGCCGACUUGUCGCCGACUAAUCGCCGACUACAAAUGAGGCCGGAUAGUCGGCGACUAGUCCCUAGUCGGCACAUCCCUAAUAGGAACCAUGAUACGUAGAAUAUUUUUUGAACUGUUACAAAAAUGUGCCGCAGUAUAUACCUAAUAAAAUGAUUCCAUUCGUCUUAGAACAAUUUGCAUAUUUAUAUUCUCGGUAUCUUUAUGUAUGACUGGUAGGCAGCUGAAUGAAUUAGGUACUAUUUUUUUUUUAUAUAAUUUAUUUUAGUAAAAUUCACAAAACUACAAGAACGCGAUUCACAAAUUGUUUGUAUGGACAUUUCCAUCAAAUACCUAUACAGUUAUGUUAUGUAUAUCAGUAAACUAGUUGUAGCAUAUUUUUUAAGUUAUUAUAAAUAUUUAUACGAAGUUAUACGUGUAUUAGUUGUAAUGAAUAUAUAUGUAAG